UCUACCCCCUACAAUUACAAACUCACAAACGUUGAAUUAAUAUUUAAUGUCGUUGUGCAUUCCAAGUUAUGGGAUGUUAGCGUUAAAUAAAUAAACAUUUAAAAAAAAAAAAAAUCUAAAUUAAAAAACGUGAUUAUAAAAUAAUUCUACACAAGUGCUGUAAAAAAACUCAACGAUAAGUUUCAGUAGCACCGUAAGUUAACUUUUAUUGGAGACCAACAAAUCCAGACAACGGCUCUACCAUGGCCUCCAUUCCACGUACUCACGAAGACAUUGAGGCCCAGAUUCGUGAGAUCCAGUCCAAGAAAAAAGAAAUCCAAAACGUAGUGUCUGAGAAAGAGCAAGUCGGACUUGGAGAAACAGGAUUUUAUGACCAAGACAUUUAUGAUGGAUCGAACAACAAAUUUGACGGAUAUGUUACGUCCAUUGCAGCCAAUGAUGAGAUUGAUGACGAGGAUUACGAACCCAGUACAUUUAGCUCUAAUAAAAGACCUGGUUACACUGCCCCAGCUGCUUUACUUAAUGAUAUUGCUCAGAGUGAAAAAGAAUAUGAUCCAUUUGCUGAUCGGAGACGUCCCACAAUCGCCGAUCGUGAAGAUGAAUAUCGUCAGAAACGUCGCCGUAUGAUCAUAUCGCCAGAGCGAGUUGAUCCAUUUGCUGACGGUGGUAAAACUCCAGAUAUUGGAUCACGUGGUUACACGGAAAUUAUGAAAGAGCAGAUGAUCAGAGGCGAAGAAUCUGAGAUACGUAAAAAAAUAAUUGAAAAAUCUAAAGACGGAACACUAAAAUCAAACGGUGAACCUAAACCAGCUCCAAAAAAACGUGGUCGGUGGGAUCAAACCGACGACACACCAGUUGCUAAAAAACCUACAGGUACUGCAGCAACACCAACAUCUUGGGACAAUGCUGAUGUCACGCCAGCAGCAAUACGAUGGGACGAAACACCAGGACAUGGUAAAGGUGGUGAGACACCUGGAGCAACACCUGGAGUUAGUACGAGAAUGUGGGAAACGACUCCGAGUCACGCGACACCUGGAGCAGUGACCCCAGGACGCGAAACUCCGUCGCACGACAAAGUAAUUUCUAGCCGUCGAAACCGAUGGGACGAGACACCGAAAACAGAGCGGGAAACACCAGGUCACAAUAGCGGAUGGGCUGAGACUCCACGUACUGAUCGAGUGGCUGGUGAUUUAAUUCAAGAAACGCCAACACCCUCGGCGUCUAAGCGACGCAGUCGUUGGGACGAGACUCCGUCUAACCAAACCCCGGGUUCAAUGACUCCACAGACACCCGCGACACCUUUGACGACUCCGCAUCAGACGACAAUAAUGACUCCCAGUGCAGUAACACCCACUGGACCCAAAGCAAUGGGCAUGACGACACCUACACCUGGACAUCUCAUGUCGAUGACGCCAGAGCAGCUCCAAGCCUACCGGUGGGAACGUGAAAUAGACGAACGUAAUCGCCCGUUGUCUGACGACGAGCUCGACUCUUUGUUCCCUCCAGGUUACAAAAUUCUCCAACCUCCCGCAGGUUACGUUCCCAUUCGCACCCCGGCGAGAAAACUCACGGCCACUCCUACGCCAAUGGCGGGAACUCCUCAGGGAUUUUUCAUUCAAACUGAAGACAAGAGCGCGAAAUUUGUUGACAAUCAACCCAAAGGCAACUUGCCGUUUAUGAAACCCGAGGAUGCUCAGUACUUUGAUAAACUUCUCGUUGACGUCGACGAGGAGUCGCUGAGUCCCGACGAGCAAAAGGAACGUAAAAUAAUGAAGCUCUUGUUGAAAAUAAAAAAUGGAACUCCACCAAUGAGAAAAGCCGCCCUGAGACAGAUCACCGACAAAGCGCGAGAGUUCGGAGCUGGACCUCUUUUCAAUCAAAUCCUCCCGCUUUUGAUGUCGCCGACGCUCGAAGAUCAAGAGCGGCAUCUUCUCGUCAAAGUAAUCGACCGAAUUCUCUACAAACUCGACGACCUGGUGCGUCCGUACGUCCACAAAAUUCUAGUCGUCAUCGAGCCUCUGCUGAUUGACGAAGAUUACUAUGCGCGUGUCGAAGGUCGUGAGAUAAUUUCAAAUUUAGCAAAAGCCGCAGGUCUGGCCACGAUGAUCUCAACAAUGAGACCUGAUAUUGAUAACAUUGACGAGUACGUCAGAAAUACCACAGCUCGUGCAUUCGCCGUCGUUGCUUCAGCUCUGGGAAUCCCCUCGCUGCUCCCAUUUUUGAAAGCCGUUUGUCGGAGUAAAAAGUCAUGGCAAGCCAGACACACGGGAAUUAAAAUUGUCCAGCAGAUUGCUAUUCUAAUGGGCUGCGCUAUUCUCCCGCAUUUGAAAAGUCUCGUCGAAAUUAUCGAACACGGUUUAGUGGACGAGCAGCAGAAAGUCAGAACCAUUACCGCGUUGGCUAUCGCUGCGCUCGCCGAAGCAGCGACUCCCUACGGUAUCGAGAGCUUCGACUCUGUGUUAAAACCUCUGUGGAAAGGUAUCAGGACACACCGAGGAAAAGGUCUAGCCGCCUUUUUAAAAGCCAUCGGUUAUUUAAUCCCACUCAUGGACGCCGAGUACGCAAAUUAUUACACGCGUGAAGUGAUGCUGAUUCUCAUCCGUGAGUUCCAGUCCCCGGAUGAAGAGAUGAAGAAAAUUGUACUGAAGGUAGUGAAGCAGUGCUGCGGUACUGAUGGUGUAGAAGCUCAGUACAUAAAAGACGAGAUACUGCCCCACUUUUUCAAACACUUCUGGAAUCACAGAAUGGCACUGGAUCGCAGAAAUUAUCGUCAGCUUGUUGACACCACUGUGGAAAUUGCCAACAAAGUUGGAGCUUCCGAGAUAAUAAAUCGUGUAGUUGAUGAUCUUAAGGAUGAAAAUGAACAGUAUCGUAAAAUGGUGAUGGAGACAAUAGAAAAAAUAAUGGGGAAUCUUGGUGCCGCUGAUGUUGAUUCACGUCUUGAAGAACAAUUGAUUGAUGGAAUUCUCUAUGCAUUCCAGGAACAAACUACUGAAGAUGUUGUUAUGUUAAAUGGAUUUGGUACCAUUGUUAACACACUUGGCAAACGUGUCAAAGCUUACUUACCACAAAUUUGUGGUACGAUAUUGUGGCGAUUGAAUAAUAAGUCAGCUAAAGUAAGACAGCAAGCCGCUGAUUUGAUAUCGCGUAUCGCGGUUGUAAUGAAAACGUGUCAGGAAGAAAAAUUAAUGGGUCACUUGGGUGUUGUACUUUACGAAUAUCUUGGAGAAGAGUACCCAGAAGUACUGGGUAGUAUUCUAGGUGCACUUAAAGCCAUUGUAAAUGUUAUUGGUAUGACCAAGAUGACACCGCCAAUAAAAGAUUUGCUGCCGCGUUUGACGCCAAUUCUCAAGAAUCGUCAUGAGAAAGUGCAAGAAAAUUGCAUUGAUUUGGUUGGUAGGAUAGCUGACCGUGGUCCAGAGUAUGUGUCAGCACGUGAGUGGAUGCGCAUCUGCUUUGAGCUGCUCGAGCUCCUGAAGGCCCACAAAAAAGCCAUUCGUCGUGCGACUGUCAACACAUUUGGUUACAUUGCGAAAGCGAUUGGUCCCCAUGAUGUCCUGGCGACUUUGCUGAAUAACCUGAAGGUUCAGGAACGACAGAACCGAGUCUGCACAACGGUGGCCAUCGCCAUUGUCGCGGAAACCUGCAGUCCUUUCACGGUACUUCCGGCUUUGAUGAAUGAGUACCGGGUUCCUGAGCUGAAUGUACAGAAUGGAGUUCUGAAGUCAUUGUCAUUUUUGUUUGAAUACAUUGGAGAGAUGGGCAAGGAUUAUAUUUACGCGGUGAGUCCGCUGCUGGAGGACGCGUUGAUGGAUCGGGAUCUGGUUCAUCGGCAGACAGCCUGCGCUGCUAUCAAACACAUGGCACUGGGAGUCUAUGGAUUCGGGUGCGAAGACGCGUUGAUCCAUUUGCUGAAUCACGUCUGGCCAAAUGUCUUUGAGACCUCGCCGCAUCUUGUCCAAGCAUUCAUGGACGCAGUUGAUGGCCUCCGUGUUGCUCUGGGACCUAUAAAAAUUCUCCAGUACACUCUGCAAGGUCUGUUCCAUCCUGCGAGAAAAGUCAGAGAUGUCUACUGGAAAAUUUACAACUCCCUUUACAUCGGGGGACAGGACGCUCUGGUCGCGGGCUACCCGCGAAUUUUGAAUGACCCAAAAAAUCAAUAUAUUCGUUACGAGCUUGACUAUGUUUUGUAAAUUUAUUAUUUCAGUUUAAUUGAAUAAUUAUAAACUCAAUUAUAAAAUUUUUAAAAUCACAUAUUGAAAAUAUUUAUAUUUGAGUUUAAGUGUAUAGGCCAUUCAAAUUUAUAUUAUUUCAGUCAAUGCUUUACACAAAAGUUAAUAAUAAUUAUUGAUUAUUAUUGUAAUACAUUCAUGUUAGCUUUUAUUUUUAAUUUAUGAUUAAUAAAUUACUCUAUACUUAA